AUGAGAGAAUGUGACGAGGUCCUAACGCAAAUGGGUGUAGAGGCGGCAUUUGCUCAGCUGUGGAGUAUCGAAGCGACCCGUUCGCGCCUACAGAAUGCUGCAUUCGAUUCGGCCAACGGCGAUCUCAAGAGGUCCCUUUGCGCCGGUUUACGGCAUCUUUACGAUCCUGACGACCCGAAGGUGUGGCUGCAGGCAGGGCUCCCGUGCGGUGUUCUUUGUUUAGCACGAGGCAGGGGGCGCCUCUGUCCGCCGGCCGCUCGGGCCUGCGUUAGUCGGGCAGCGUGCGCCGUCGGAACAGCACGUCACCGCGCCCCCUCGCCGCAAAACUUUCUUACAAGUGCCCCGUUCCGUGUUGAAGUUGGAAGAGAAAGAGGAAAAUUAGCAAGAAUGAGCAUCCAAAAGUGCCUGUUGGAUAACUCCAGCAGGAUGAUAAAGGCCAUGUCGACCGCGAAGUCGAACAAUAGCGAUGUGAAAACGGUGAGUGAU